UUCUCAUAAAAACAAUGGACAUGGUGUGUUUUAAGACGAAAUGAAUUAUUAUUAGUAUUGUCAUGGCCUCAGGAUUGCUGGGAAGACUCGCAGGGCUAUCCAGAACGUUUUUUGCAGGACUUCACACGGAGUUGCAGUUGAAAACUCGACCCACGGAAUCUUUACACUUGGUGACAGGAUCAUCAGGCUUUUCUAAGACAAUUUCUCAAUCUCCAACAUUUAAACAAUGGACUUAUGGUGAUGAUGCAUAUUUUGUGGCCAAAAAUAGAACCGCUGAUGUUAUAGGGGUAGCUGAUGGUGUCGGAGGAUGGAGAAAUUAUGGGAUAGAUCCCUCUGCGUUCCCUAGAUCUUUAAUGGAAACCUGUGAAAGAAUGGUGAGAGAAGGCAGAUUUAAUGCUCAUGCUCCAGCCACUGUCAUCGCUGCAAGUUACUAUGAACUCCAGGAAAUGAAAACACCACUAAUAGGUAGCAGUACAGCUUGUAUUGUGGCGCUGCAUAAAAAGGAAAGACGAAUAUACACAGCUAAUCUAGGAGAUAGCGGGUUCCUCCUAAUCAGAGAUGACAAGGUUGUUCAUCGCUCACAGGAGCAGCAGCAUUACUUCAAUACUCCCUUCCAGCUUGCAGUGGCCCCACCUAGCCAGGCGGGGCUUGUCUUGAGUGACAGCCCAGACAUGGCAGAAAGUUCAUCAUUUGAUGUAGAAGAAGGGGACAUAAUUUUACUAGGAACAGAUGGUCUAUUUGACAAUAUGAAUGAAGACAUGAUUUUAGACUGCUUAAGUAAAAUGAAGGAUCAUAGAGACUCUGAAGUCAAUGUUCAGCGGACGGCACAUCAUAUAGCAGAGGAAGCGUAUCAACUGUCAUUUGAUCAAGAUUACUUGUCACCUUUUGCUUUGUCGGCACAGCAAAGAGGAAUAGAUCUCAAGGGAGGGAAACCAGAUGACAUCACCGUGUUACUAGCUCGUGUGUCGUCCUGUUCUAACGAUCAGAAUGUGGAAAUAUGAAAUAAUUCUUCACUGAAUGUGAGACUGUGAUUUUUUAGCUCUGAUGGUCCAGAUGAGCUUAUGCAUUGGUAAAGUGUUUUUUUUUCUGUUUGUCUGUAUGUUGGUAGUCAGUUUUUGAAA